CAUCCAGUCGGAUGGCAUAAUAGAAAUGCUGCGUUUCGAUGAAGGAGACCUAUUGCAGACUGAGACAACGAUUGGCCUCAGUUCAUAUCAACAGAAAAGUGUAUCCCUGUAUCGGGGAAAUUGUCGACCUCUCCGGUUUGAGCCGCCGUUGCUGGACUUCCAUGAACAGCCAGUUGGAAUGCCAAAAAUGGAAAAAGUUUACCUACAUAAUCCUAGCUCAGAAGAAACAAUUACAUUAGUAUCAAUAUCUGCUACUACAUCACACUUUCAUGCAUCAUUUUUUCAGAAUAGGAAAAUUCCUCCAGGAGGCAAUACCUCCUUUGAUGUAGUUUUCCUCGCAAGAGUAGUGGGGAAUGUGGAGAACACUUUAUUUAUUAACACUUCUAAUCAUGGGGUAUUUACUUAUCAGGUGUUUGGCAUUGGAAUACCGAACCCCUAUCGAUUGCGCCCCUUUAUUGGGGCAAGAGUUCCUGUAAAUAGCAGUUUUUCUCCUAUAAUAAAUAUACAUAACCCUCACAGUGAACCAUUGCAGGUGGUGGAAAUGUAUUCCAGUGGAGGCGAUCUCCACUUAGAGCUCCCAACGGGGCAGCAGGGAGGUACAAGGAAGCUAUGGGAAAUUCCUCCCUAUGAAACAAAAGGAGUGAUGAGAGCCAGCUUUUCUUCAAGAGAAGCAGAUAAUCAUACAGCUUUCAUUAGAAUAAAAACAAAUGCCUCAGACAACACAGAAUUUAUCAUUCUCCCUGUUGAGGUAGAAGUUACAACAGCUCCAGGAAUCUAUUCAUCCACAGAAAUGCUAGAUUUUGGUACACUACGAACACAAGAUCUGCCAAAAAUUUUAAACCUGCAUUUACUAAAUUCAGGAACAAAAGAUGUGCCAAUUACAAGCGUUAGACCUACACCACAGAAUGAAGCUAUAACAGUACAUUUCAAGCCAGUUACGUUAAAAGCCUCUGAAAGUAAAUAUACCAAAGUUGCAAGUAUUAGCUUUGAUGCAUCCAAAGUCAAAAAAGCAUCACAGUCUUCUGGCAAGAUAACUGUUAAAGCAAAAGAGAAGAGCUACUCCAAACUUGAAAUACCAUAUCAAGCAGAAGUAUUGGAUGGAUAUUUAGGAUUUGAUCAUGCUGCCACACUCAAAAUCUUUCAUAUCCGCGACAGUCCUCCUGAUUCUGUGGAAAGACCGAUCUACCUGACAAACACUUUCAGUUUUUCAGUCCUCAUACAUGAUGUUUUGUUACCAGAAGAAGCCAAACCAAUGUUUAAAGUUCAGAACUUCAGCAAACCUGUCUUAAUUCCACCUAAUGAAUCCAGAUAUAUUUUUACACUUCAUUUUAUGCCUUCCACAUCAUCUGUUCAUAUAGAUAACAAUAUUUUACUCAUCACCAACGCUUCUAAGUUUCACCUACCUGUCAGAGCAUACACAGGGUUUUUAGAUUACUUUGUACUGCCUCCAAGAACCGAGGAGCGAUUUAUAGACUUUGGGAUACUGAGCGCAGCAGAAGCUACGAGCAUUUUAUUUGCAGUCAUCAACAGCAAUCCAAUAGAGCUGGCUAUAAAAAGUUGGCAUAUUAUAGGGGAUGGUUUGGCCAUAGAACUCCUAGCGACUGAAAAAGGAAACAGAACAACAAUAAUUGCAAACCUUCCUGAACUGCAAAAUGCUGGUGCGUCAGAUCAGUCUUCGGUGAUACUAACAUCUGGUUAUUAUGCUGUGUUUAGAGUAAAACUAAUAGCAAAAGACCUUGAAGGAAUUCAUGAUGGAGCUGUACAAAUCACAACAGAUUAUGAGAUUUUAACUAUACCAGUGAAGGCAGUAAUUGCUGUAGGCUCGCUGACCUGCUCCCCAAAACACGUUUUUCUUCCACCAUCCUUUCCAGGGAAGGUAGUCCACCAGAGCCUGAGCAUUAUGAACUCCUUCUCCCAGAAAGUGAAAAUACAGCAGAUACGAUCCCUAUCUGAAGAUGUGAGGUUCUAUUAUAAGAGGCUGAGAAGUAAUAAAGAAGAUUUAGAGCCAGGAAAAAAAUCAAAGAUAGCAAAUAUUUAUUUUGACCCUGGUUUGCAGUGUGGAGAUUAUUGUUAUGUAGGAUUGCCAUUUUUAUCUAAAUCGGAAUCUAAAAUUCAGCACAACUUAGCAAUGCAAGAAGACAUGUGGGAUUCUGACUGGGAUUUGCAUGAGAACUUGUACAGAGGCUGGAUGGAAAUAAAAGAGAACUCAAGUCACAGACCGAUUGCGGUAUUUGAAGUAGACACGGAUCUCCAGAAGCAAGUCCAGUUGAAAGUCACUGCAGAAAUGGCCUGGCCCUCCGUGCUCAGCUCCCCACGCCACGUAACCUUCCCGCUCACCAACACCAACAGCUCCUCAGAGGAAGACAUUUUUCUAGAAAAUCCAGCUGACGUUCCAGUGUAUGUCCAGUUCCUUCCUAUAGCUCUGUAUUCUAACCCCUCCACCUUUGUCGAUAAGCUCUCGGAACGGUUUAAUUUGAGUAAACCUACAAAUUUCAAUCUGAGAACUCUAGAGUUCCAGGUCUUCAGAAACUCUGUAAGUAUUUCAAAGUACUAAAAUCGGCAUUCAGUUUUAAGCCUAAUGCUAAAACCUGGAGAGAGGAAGUCUGUCAAAAUAAAAUUCACUCCAGUUCUUAAUAAAACCGUUUCAUCGUUAAUUGUUAUCAGAAAUAACUUGACUGUAAUAGAUGCCAUAAUGGUACAAGGCCAAGGAACGACCGAGAGCUUGAGGCUUGCGGGCAAACCUCCUGGUGCCGGGAGUUCUUUGCGCUUUAAAAUCACCGAAGCUUUAUUGAGAGACUGCUCGGAAAAAAUGAAAUUAAGAGAACCAAAUUUCACACUGAGAAGAACUUUUAAAGUGGAAAAUACAGGGCAGCUGCAGAUUAAUGUGAAAUCUAUGGAAAUCAGUGGAUAUACGUGUGAAGGAUAUGGAUUUAAAGUAGUUAACUGUCAAGAGUUUGCACUAAGUGCCAAUGCCUCUAAAGAUAUAGUCAUACUGUUUACACCAGAUUUCACUGCUUCCAGAGUCAUCCGUGAGUUAAAAUUGAUCACGGCAGGAGGCUCUGAAUUCGUUUUUGUCCUGAAUGCCUCCCUUCCAUAUCACAUGUUAGCAACAUGUGCAGAGGCCCUGCCCAGGCCCAACUGGGAGCUCGCGCUGUACAUCAUCAUCUCAGGAAUAAUGAGCGGCCCUUGUGCUGAGGAGGGGUUGAGCGCCAGUCGCCUCCCUGGAGCGCGGCCGUCCCUCCUGCGAGCAGCCGUGGGGCAGGCGCCGCUGUCGCACGCGGCCGGGGGGUUUAACGUGGCCCUCCCGCGCGCGGGGCGGCAGCCGGGAGUGCCAGGAACGGGGAUUCCGGGUAGCCGAGGGGCCCCGUUUGGCCCUCGCACCGCAGCGCCCUUCGCUGUCGGCCGAGCGAGCCGAGCGAGCUGUGAGCGCGAUCCGAGCUGGAAGCUGCACUGCGUGGGCCCGCUCCGGCCGCUGCCGGACUAUGUCUUUUCUAUUUCUGUGAAGCAUAAACUCAUGGUUUGGAUGCAGUUCUCCUUUUUGGGUUUCCAGUACCAAGUGCAGUGUACAGGCACCGCGUCGCAGCUGCCGCUGGCCGCGCCGCCCCGUGCCGAGGGCGCCGGCAGCAGGAGGCACAGCUCCGAGGACUCGGACCUCACGGGCCUCAUAGAGACUAUGGACAAAGACUUUGACCACCCAGAAUCCCCGUCCCCAGACGUGUUUACAGAGCAGCCCCCGUCUCCACUAGCAAAAAGCAAAGGGAAAGGGAAGGUACUUCAGCGGAAGUCCAAGCCACAGAAGAAACGAGAGGAAAAGGAAAGAAGAGGGAAGGGGAAGCAACAGGAGGAUGAACUGAAGGAUUCCCUGGCAGAUGAUGACAGUUCUUCAACCACAACCGAAACCUCCAACCCAGACACAGAACCACUUCUGAAAGAGGAGCCUGAAAAACAAAAGGGAAAAGCUAUACCAGAAAAAAAUGAAAAUGAAACAGUCCAAGUAAAACAGAAAAGUAAAAAACUGCUAGCAAAUAUCAAGAAAGAAAUCCCUGUAGAUGUGAAAACCAGUUCUUUGGAAUUGUCAUAUACUCCCCCAGUGGAAAGCAAGCCACGCAAAACUUUUCCAGCUAAGAUAUCUGCACAGCACCUUUUGACAAAUGGGUCCAAAUCAAGAAACCUCCCCAAAACAAGAGGUCCAAACAGUAAGUUAAUGGAGAGCAGGCCUUCAGUGUUAGCAAAAUUUCUCCCCAGUGGUUCUGGACAGGAGCUAGGAAACACCAGCAGCUCGGAAGGGGAAAAGGAUUCUCCGCCACCCGAGUGGGACUCAGUGCCGCUUCACAAAGCCGGCAGCUCUACAGACAACCUCUACAAACUUUCUCUACAAACCCUGAGCGCAGAUGCUUUCCUGAAGCAGCGGCAGCCCUCACCGACACCUGCCUCCCCGUCUCCUCCUCCUCCUCCUCCUCCUCCUGCAGCCUUAGCCUUUGGGCCACGAGGAGGCACCUACAGCAGCAUUGUGAACAGCAGCUGCAGCAAUGAAACAAAAAGCAAGCAGCCUAAUGGUACCAAACACAAACUGGCAAAGGCAGCGUCUCUACCAGGCUGGAAUGGAAACCCCACUUUUGCUGCUGUAGCUGCUGGUUAUGACAAGAGCCCAGGUGGCAGCGGCUUAGCAAAGAUUUCACCAACUAAGGCAGAUGUUUCCAGCAAUAUCAGCGUUUCCCACACAGUUGUUGACAGUGAUGGCUCUGACAGUUCAGGUUUGUGGAGUCCUAUCAGCAACCCUAGCAGUCCUGACUUCACGCCCCUCAAUUCGUUUUCUGCAUUUGGACAUUCUUUUAACUUAACUGGAGAGGUUUUUAGUAAACUUGGUUUAGCUCGACCUGCUUAUGGGCAGGAUGUUCAGAGAAACUGGAGUGAAUUUAAUAAUGUUCCAUCAUCCAUCUGGGACCCUUCAGCUGCAGAUUCUGUGCCCUCCUGGCCAACCAGCUCGAGCUCCCCCACUCACACAACUGCAUCGAUCCUGGGCAACCCGAGCGGCCUGUGGUCGAGCACUCCCUUCAGCAGCUCCAUCUGGUCGAGUAACCUCAACAGCGCCCUCCCCUUCCCCACUCCAGCAAACGCCUUGUCAGGGAUCGACCUCAUGGGCAGCGAAAACCCCUCUCCGCCGCCGCCACCCCCGCCGCCCCCGGCCCCCGUUGCCAAUCCCGCUGAAGACAUGGGACAGACCUACAAUCCUUGGAGAAUCUGGAGCCCCACGAUUGGAAGAAGAAGCUCGGAUCCUUGGUCUAAUCACACUAUCCUCACGAAAACUGAAAUUAAACAAAAGGAAAAAACAAACUUUUAUCCAGGUCAUGAUACAAUUCUGAAUGCUAAUUUUUGAAACAUCAUUUUCAGGCUGUUGCUGGUCAUUGCUAUUUUUUUUUCUCCCCUCUCUCCCUGCCGGUCAUGCUUUCAUCACUCGCUCCUUUUAAAGUCUAUCUUGCAAUAUGAUAGUGUGAGAUUGCAGAUAAGCUUGAAAAAGUCUGGGUCUGGUCACAAAUCAAACUACAGCUGAAGCCUGUAAAUCUGAACAGUUUCACUGGGUUCAUAUUUUACCAUCUGCCACUUUUUAUUUAGGAAGCAAUUUGAACUAUAAAAUGGUCCUGGCAUGCAAUACUUUUAUCAAAGUACCGGUUUUGGUUUUUAAAUUUUUUCCAGUAUUAUGCUCCAAGAUCUAAUUUUAAAACAAAUAAAGCACUUUGUGCUAAAAUGCAGAGUAUUUUUUUAAAAUAAGGCUGUCUUUGUUAACACAGGUUCUAAGAAUGUAAAGAAAAAACAACAAAAAAAAACAACACACAACCUUAAGAGCAAAAUGGCUGAAUGUAAGAGCAUUCUGUUGAGACUGUAAUACACUUUCUGUGCUGUUUGUACAUUUGUAAACCUGAAUGCAUUUUUAAGUUGAACUGAAAUGCACACAGCCAAGACUUGUGAAAGAAACAAGAUACCUUGUGCAUUUCUUACGGAUACAACUUUGGGUUGUACUUUAAAAUAAAUACUGCUUUUUUCAA